GCGAAACAGAAGCACGGCAAUCUCGAUCUCGUUCGUUCCCCUGAGCGGCAGUCAGUGCGAGCGAGCGCGCACACAGACAACUCAUCCUCUCCCCUCUCUCUCUCACACACACACAUCCAUCAUCCCAUCCCUGUGACGGGCGAUCCGAGGGCCUACCGACGAUGGUGUCCGCCGUGCUCCGGACCAUCCUCGUGACGGGCGGCGCCGGGUACAUCGGCAGCCACACGGUGCUGCAGCUGCUGCAGCAGGGCUUCCGCGUCGUCGUCGUCGACAACCUCGACAACGCCUCCGAGGCCGCCCUCGCCCGCGUCGCCGAGCUCGCCGGGCACGACGGCGCCAACCUCGUCUUCCACAAGGUUGACCUUCGCGACAGGCACGCGUUGGUGGACAUCUUCUCGUCGCACAGGUUCGAGGCUGUCAUUCACUUUGCUGGGCUCAAGGCUGUUGGGGAGAGCGUGCACAAGCCCCUACUUUACUACGACAACAACCUGGUCGGCACCAUCACCCUCCUGGAGGUGAUGGCUGCGAACGGCUGCAAGAAGCUGGUGUUCUCGUCAUCUGCAACUGUCUAUGGGUGGCCCAAGGAAGUACCCUGCACCGAAGAAUUCCCGCUCUGCGCCACCAAUCCCUAUGGGCGGACAAAGCUUGUGAUUGAAGACAUCUGCCGCGACGUCCACCGCUCCGACCCCGACUGGAAGAUCAUACUGCUCAGGUACUUCAACCCCGUUGGCGCUCAUCCAAGCGGGUACAUCGGCGAAGACCCCUGCGGUGUCCCGAACAACCUGAUGCCCUACGUGCAGCAAGUCGCUGUUGGGAGGUUACCUCACCUCACGGUCUACGGGACGGACUACAGCACCAAGGAUGGGACUGGGGUGCGUGAUUACAUCCACGUUGUCGACCUGGCUGACGGCCACAUAGCAGCCCUGAGGAAGCUCUACGAAGACUCCGACAAAAUAGGCUGUGAAGUGUACAACUUGGGGACUGGAAAGGGGACGUCGGUGUUGGAAAUGGUGGCUGCAUUCGAGAAGGCUUCUGGGAAGAAAAUCCCUCUGGUGUUCGCUGGGCGAAGACCCGGAGACGCAGAGAUCGUCUACGCCGCAACUGCCAAGGCAGAGAAGGAGCUCAAAUGGAAGGCCAAGUACGGGAUCGAGGAGAUGUGCAGAGAUCUGUGGAACUGGGCGAGCAAGAACCCGUACGGGUACGCUGGGUCACGCGACAACAGCAAAUGAACCACCCAUCCAUGCAUCCCAUCCUGCAGUAGGAGCAAGCAGCAGCCUUAUAGCCUAUGCUACCAUAAUUAGUAACUCAUCAAUCAUGCAUACAUAAUCAGCCAGUCAUCUGAUUAGGGGUACUGCGAUGGGCCUCGCUUCUUCAGUGUAUAGAGGGAGGAGGAGGGGGGUCAUCUUGAUAUUCUUUUUUUUAUCAUUCCCGAAUGAUUAUUAUUAGUAGCCAGUUCGAUAUUACUCCAUGGUUGGUUGCUAGAGAAGGAAUAAGCUCCAUUCAUAUACCUAACUAAAGAUAUAUAUAUACAUGCAUUCACUGU